AUGCCUCCGUUCUCACGUCCGAUAACGACAUCCAAUCCUGCGGCGCAACGAUGGUUCAACCAUGGGCUCUCUUGGUGUUACUCAUUCAACCAUCCCGAGUCAUCGAGUUGCUUCGACAAGGCUAUCGAAGCCGAUGAGGACUGCGCAAUGGCAUGGUGGGGCAGAGCAUACUCCAACGGACCAAACUACAACUACAGCUGGGGACUGUUUGAACGAAAAGACCUAGAGGAAACUAUCAAACGCAGCCAUUUCGCCAUCAUAAAAGCUCAGUCGUUGUCUGUCUCGCACCCUCCCGUGGAGAAGGCAAUUAUCGCUGCAUUGUUGUAUCGAUUUCCAAGAGACAACAACCCAGACGAAGAUUUUGGGUCCUGGAACGCGGGCUAUGCGGAUGCUAUGAAGAAGGUCUACGACGAGUUUGGAGAUGAUCUUGAUGUCGCAUGCUUGUAUGCAGAUGCGUUGAUGAACCUGGCUCCAUGGAAACAGUGGGACGUCAAGACCGGUGCACCGAAUCCUCUUGCUCGUACUCUUGAGUCAAAAGCCGUUCUUGAGCGGGCUUUGGCUCAAGAAGGCGGCUUCGAUCACAUCGGAUUACUACACAUGUACAUUCACCACACGGAGAUGUCUACGAGGCCGGAACGUGCGCUUCCGGCUGCAAACCGGUUGCGUCAACUGGCUGGUGGCGCCGGUCACCUGCACCACAUGCCUUCACACAUUGAUGUGAUUAUUGGAGACUACAAUGCCUCCAUUGCAGCAAACAUCGCAGCGUGUGAAGCCAACGAGAAGCUUGUCGAGUACACUGGUCGCACCCACGACUUCUAUAUCCGUUACCGAAUGCACGAUUAUCACUCGCUCAUCUACGCCGCAAUGCACUCUGGUCGCUACCUGCCUGCCAUCGAAGCCGUCGACAAGAUGGAGGCAAAUCUUCCUGAAGACCUUCUGCGUAUACAAUCACCAAUGAUGGCAGAUUGGGUAGAGUCCUUCCUUUCUGUUCGUGUCCACGUGCUCAUCCGCUUCGGACGGUUCGAUGACAUUUUGAAUUUGCCACUUCCUGACGACCAAAAGUUGUACUGCGUCAAGACAGCAUCUCUCCAUUAUGCUAAGGGCGUAGCCUGGGCAGCUAAAGGAGAUGUCACGAAAGCAUUGGUAGAAAAGGAAGCAUUCCUGCAAGCCAAAGCCCAGGUACCGGCUUCCCGCAUGGACUUCCCGAACAGAUGCAUAGACGUGUUGGAAGUUGCGGAAGCAAUGUUGAAUGGCGAAAUCGAUUAUCGUCGCCAGAACUACGACGCUGCUUUUGCUCACCUCCGAAGGUCAAUCGAACUCGAUGAUGGUCUUGUCUUCAGCGAGCCCUGGGGAUGGAUGCAGCCUGCUCGCCACGCAUACGCAGCGCUGUCUUUGGAGCAGGGUCAUAUUGAAGAGGCGGCAAGAGCUUAUGCGGAGGAUCUAGGCUUCGCUGAGAACAUUCCGAGGGGUCGUCAGCAUCCGAACAAUGUCUGGGCAUUGCAUGGGUACCAUGAGUGUUUGGUCAGGCUGGGAAGGACGGCUGAGGCGAGAAUAGUUCAACAGUCUCUGAAGCUGGCUCUUGCGCUCUCCGAUGUUGAUGUCAAGUCGUCGUGUUAUUGCCGUCGUACUGAUAGUGAGCCGUUGGGCAAAGCAUCCUGUCACUGA